AUGUCAACCAUAUUAAUUUUUGAGGGUGCUUCUGGUAUAGCCGCAGCAAGGCAAUUACAGUCCAACAAUAUCAAUGACUUUGUGAUAAUCGACGCUUUACCUUUUGUAGGAGGUAGACUUUUAAAAAGUGUUGUCAAAAGCAGAGUCCAAAAUGCGACGUUUGGCGGUGCUCAAGUUGAAUUAGGCGCAAACUGGAUAUAUGGCCACGGCGAUAACCCUAUUCAUAGGUUAGCGGUCAAGCAUGGGCUGCAGACUGUGCCAUCUGACAAGAGUAACGUGACAUACUUCGAUCAUACUGGCCAGUGUAUGGCGGAGAAAGAAGAGAAAGAAUUCAACAAGGCACUCAAAGAUAUCGGCAACCUAGCUAAACUACGCAUGCAACGAGGGCUUGUGGACCUUAGUGCAAGGACUGCUCUACAAUUAGAGGGCUGGCACGCCAACAGCUCAAUACGAGCUGCGAUUGAAUAUUUUGGUUUUGAUUGGGAACUGGCUGAACCUCCCGAAGUGACAUCUUUGGACUAUGCAGCUGCUGCUAAUGGUGGUUCCGUGAUCAAAGACCAGCCUGACGUAACUCCUGGAGACGACUUUGUUAUUGACGAACGUGGGUUUCAGUACAUAUUGCGCGCAGAAUGCGAUGCCUUAUUAGGCCAAGACACUUCACGCUUGGUCUUAUCAACAAAGAUAACGGAUGUUCAUUACGGACAGGAUAAUGUAACGGUAUUUGCCAGUAACGGAGACAUCUUUGUAGCUGACGUGGCAAUUUGUACCUUUCCCCUGGCCGUUUUACAAUCUGGCCAUGUCAAAUUUCACCCAGGUUUCCCUUCUUGGAAACGUGAGGCACUAUUCAAUUUUCAUGCUACAACCUACACAAAAAUCUGGAUGCGAUUCUCAAAGCGGUUUUGGCCAUUGGAUACACAAUUCUUUGUAUAUGCAGAUGAUGUCAGCCGCGGACACUAUCCAGUUUGGCAGACCAUGCCGCACUUAGAUGAGCCAGUAUUAAUGGCGACCGUUGUAUACCAUGAAAGUCAACGUGUGGAGCAGAUGAGCACCAAGUCAUUACAAAAGGAAGUCACUCAAGUAUUGAAGAGAAUGUUUGGACCAAAAGCGACCGCUCCAGUGGAAAUAUUAGUUCCUGUGUGGAAAAACAACCCGCUAUUCGGAAGCUCCUAUUCGAACUGGGGCUUGGGAAUGAGUGAAGCGCACCACCGAAACCUUCGUAGACGAUUAGGUCGAUUAUGGUUCGCAGGCGAAGCAAUGUCUCGCCAGUACUUUGGAUUUCUACACGGCGCAUGGAUGGAUGGUUUGGAAGUCGCUUCAGCAGUAGAGAAAUGCCUUCCGGAUGAUCCGAAUGAUGGUUACAACAUCUUCUGUUUGAUCUAAAAUACGUACCACAUGGCCAACUUCGUGAAAAAAAAAGUCCAUCUGAGAAGAACACUUUUCCGCAUUGGCGAAGAUAUGGUUUGUAUACUGUACUG